AUGGACGUAUACAUGGUGCCCGUCUACCACAGUCCAUAUGGCGGCGCCGACACUGUCGCGGACGGUUAUACCACUUACAGACUCUGUGACUCUAAAUUUAUGAAGGUGAGAACUGAGGGGGACUGCAUCAUCUUUAUAAUGCGCAAUAAAGUGACUUCUGUAGAACAGAACCUCGUAGAUCACAUGCGAUUCAAAUCCGUAUUUUGCUACACGGAUGUGCCCGAUACGACGACUUCCGCGCCACGAAUCCCCUCGACAAAGGCCCCGCAGAAGCCCGCGUCAACGCCCACACCUAAGACCCAGACGCCAGCCGGAGGACGAUCGGCGCAAGAAAUUAUACAACAAUGGGAUCUACUCUAA